AUGCAUAGAGCAAAUGUGAUUGGAAAUUAUAUGGUCACAACUUUUGGAGUCGGUUAUAACAUAACUGAAGACGAUGUUUUAUUACUUGAUAUCAGUGAUAAAAAUGAAUUUAAAUGGACAACGACCUUUUAUCCGCCACCUCCUCCAACUUCAGCUCCAGCUCCAGCUCCAGCUCCUCCUUCAACACCGUCUAAGAAUAAAUCGGUAGUAAUUGGUUUAGCUACUGGAUUUUCUUUACUUUGUGCAUUCACUGUUGGAAUGUUCUUCUUGUACAAACGAAAUAAGAAUAGAAAAGUAAAAGUAAAUACACUACAUAUUCCUAACAGUAAACUUGACAAUCAAUCAGGACAAAAAGCGGUUGAAACAAUAAAUAAGGUUGACAAUCAUGAUGAAGAAGUAAAGCAAGUUUAA